AUUUAUUGCCACAACUGUAUCCUAUUUCAAGAUUCUGCAUACUUUAGUCUAGUCCAUAGCACACACUCCCUUUCCCUAGAACACAGUAGUAACCUCUAAUAAAUAUGAGUAAAAAGCCUGCUGUUGGACCCGCGCUGCAUAAGGUGAUUAUGGUGGGCAGCGGUGGUGUGGGCAAAUCAGCGCUGACGUUACAGUUCAUGUACGAUGAAUUCGUAGAGGAUUACGAACCAACCAAAGCCGACAGUUAUCGAAAAAAAGUUGUUUUAGAUGGCGAAGAAGUACAAAUAGAUAUACUGGACACAGCUGGUCAAGAAGACUAUGCUGCCAUAAGAGAUAAUUACUUCCGCAGUGGCGAAGGUUUUCUUUGUGUUUUUUCAAUAACAGAUGACGAAAGCUUCCAAGCUACACAAGAAUUCAGGGAACAAAUCUUACGUGUUAAAAACGAUGAAAGCAUACCGUUCCUGUUGGUGGGCAACAAAUGCGAUUUGAAUGAUAAACGUAAAGUGCCGCUCAACGAAUGCCAGACACGCGCCCAACAGUGGCAAGUGCCGUAUGUGGAAACUUCUGCUAAAACACGCGAAAACGUCGACAAGGUAUUUUUUGAUUUGAUGCGCGAAAUAAGAUCACGCAAGACCGAAGAUUCAAAAGCGACAAGUGGGCGUGCAAAAGACAGAUGCAAGAAGCGGAGACUUAAGUGUACACUACUUUAGGCAAUAGGUAUUUUAUGAUCUUAUCAGGGAUAUUUCAUCGCGUAAGAAACAGCGUCAAACUGAUGUUAAACAGCCGACAAAAACCAAAUCUCUUUGCUGCCAAUUGCUGUAAUACCAACAAUUUCAACUACAAAUAUAAACCACACCAACCACAACAUUUCAUUAUAACUUAAAACAACAACAAAAACAACAACAAGAACACAAUAUAAUAAGCAUAAAUUUUAUAUUUGGUUUAUGAAAAUGUUAAGCUUGCAAUAAUAAUAAAAACUUAAAUAAAUAUAUUUAUAUAAUUAUUCUUAUUAUUAUUAUUAUUAUUAUUAUCAUAAUUAUUAUUAUCAUUAAAAUUAUAAUUGUUUUCUUUUGCUUUAAUAACAUAAAUUACAUACACUCCGCUCCGUCUGUAGUUACCAGAGAUAACACAAAAAGGAUUUGUUGAGACUCAAUAAAUCCUAUUUGUGUUAUUAACUGGAGUUGUAAAAGAACUCAAAACAAUAUCAAUUCAAAACAAAAAAUAUAAUAUAACAAUUUUUUUUUUAAUUGAUUUUUAAAUAAGCAUCAAAAUAAUUUAUAGCUAAUUAUCGAUAAAGAUGUAGGAAACAAGAUAGUUGUAUUGCAAACAAUUUGAAAAGGCAUUUGUUUUAUCAUUUUUAGUCUCAGAUUCAGAUUCGGACUCAGUUGAUCUAUUAUGUAUAUUAACAAAAAAAAAAUUCUUUACCAAGUUAGUUG